AUGACUACUCGUGAGAUGCCGAGAUUCACUAUUCCCACGUUCAAAGUCGAAAUUUGCAAAAGCAGGCCGGAUUUUCAGAACCGGCUAACGCAGAGAAAACAAAUAAACAAGAGACGAAAUAAAAAGGGAAUAGCUUUGAAGAAUUUCAAAGGAUGUAAUGUAAUAGUAGCACGCAAGAAAAAAAUAACGAUUGCGGAUCCAAAUAAAGUCCUUCGGCACCUUGAACUGUUUUCAGAAAACUUCAUUACCCCCCAAAGCAAUACUUAUCCUGGAACAAACAAUCGGAGGGAAGAAAAGACUAACAAGAGACGUUCCAUAAAUUCUUUUAUUGCGUUCAGAAGCUACUACUCAAAAUGCAUUACGAAAAAGGUUACUCAACAAAAGCUGUCUAGUGUUUUAUCCGAGUUCUGGUCAAAAAACCCAAAAGAACAAAAAGCGUGGGACCUUUUGUCUCAUCAGUAUAACAAAGAAAACGAUGGCCAGGUGUUUGUUGAAUGGAUUCAUCAAAAUCAUAUUUUGGCAAAUAAUCCCCAAAACGUGAAAAAAAACCUUGAAGCAUCUAAACCCUUUGUCGAAAAUAUUUUUGAAAAAGAACCAAAGAUGGAUCGAAUGAAUUGCUUGGAUUAUGAAUCAUUUAUUGAGUGGCUAAACGAGUCUCUCGCUUAG